GACCGCACCGACUUGGAGAAAGUCAAUGUAAGCGAUGAAAAAAACACAUUCAUUGAAAAAAAUAAUCUGCAGGAGCCAGCCGAUUCGAGUUAAACAACGCAAAGGCGACGCAGUGAAACCUCCAGCGGCGAAGUCCAUCGCGGUGCCCCGAUUUUACCUAAUUUUGCGUCCGCUGCCAAUCUUUGUCAUUCUCUUGAAAUACACAUAAUAUUUAAUGUAUUUCGUUAUUUGAUUUACAUGAAUUUGUACCGAAAUAUGUAUUUAUUGAAUUUCCAUUCCAUUACACGCGACGUGUUCUAUUUCAUUAUACAUACACCAUUUUAUAAGAUUGCGAGUUCCAUCCGCACUUGCGCGCAGCCAUCUACCGGCAAAUUUCACAGUUCUGUUUCACAGUGUUUAUUGUUCGUUCCAAAAGUGAGGUUCGUUGACAGUGCUACUUGUGUUUCCGAUUUCUCUCCCGCCGUUCCGGUGAAAACGAUCUCAUCCUGAAAUUGUUAUGAUCUCGGGGAUAUCGCUAAACUCAACGAAAUGCAGGAACUCCGUCAGAGGUUCGGGUAAUUGGGCAGAUCGGUUGCCAGUCCUCGUUGCUCGUCCCAAAGGUGAAGUUUGUUUACAGUGCUACCUGUUCCGUUUCCGAACUCUGCCCUGAAAUCGAACUCUUACUGAAAUCGUUAAAAUAUCGGGAAAACACCAAACUCAUUGAAACCCAAUCAUCGUGUUCCAGCUGCUGCAUUUGGCCAGCGGUUCAUCACUCCCCAGCCGCCGUCCCUUCAGCUGGAAGAUCUGUGGUUAGCCGCCGCAAAAGGUCGCCUGCGAGAAAUUGUGAACUGACGAAUCCCCGCGAUGACGAAGCCGCCCACGCCCGCCCCGAGGCUGAGGAUAGCGUGGGCGUCCUUCCUCCUCCUCCUCCUCGUCCACGCCCCCGCCGGCGACUGCCACGCCCGCACGCCCGUCUCAGGAGCCGCUUCCAGGACCAGGAGGAAUGUUCUCGAAGCUCCGGCCACGGACGCUGGGCGGGCGUCGCUGGAAGCCAGGGGCGCUGUGUCGCGCCCGAAUUCGCCCGCAGCGCACGAGGAUUUCCCUUCGUCGGGCGCGUCCGUCCCCAAUUCCUGGCUGUACAAAUUUCCCCCGUGGUUCCUGCCGAACAACCCCGCGCCCGAGGGAUUCGCCAAGCACCAGAUCCCUCCCCCUUCCGUCGGGCCGCUCCUGAAGGGCCCCCAACCCCCGCAUUCGGGCGGCCCCCCGACCCACUUUUCUGAGGGCCCUCCGAUCCCGAGCGCCGGCGGCCCCAAGGCCCUCUCUCCCGGAUCAAGCUUCCGGAUUCCGGCCGACCCCGGGGCGUCCCUCCCGGAGGUGCUCGACGGCGACGUGGUCAUCGUGUCGGACCUGCAGCAGGGCACGCGCACGGGCCGCCUCCAGAACAUCCGGCUGCGCGGCGACUCCGAGUUCAAGGAGGAGCUGCUCAGGACCAUCCUGGAGGCCAAGCUGCUCAACAAGGAGGUUCCGCUCCAGACGAGUACGCCCUCCGACCUCGAGGCUCCGGCCGGCGUCACGCCCUUCCAGUUGCCCCUCUCGGCCGCCCCUCCUCCUCCUCCGCGCCCGGCGCCCACGCAGCCCUUCGUCCUGCAAGACCUCGCCGGAGGGGGCGACUCCCCGGCCGUCCACGGCUUCGGGGGCGCCACGUCCUCCAAGUCCGGCGUCGGGAAGUCGGCGACGGGCGGCCGUCUCGGCGGCGGAGGCCCGGUCAGGACGCCGUUCGCCGUGCCGCCCACGCCCGCGACCCACCACGCCGAGGGAGGCCUCGGCGAGUUCCGGCCGAGCCCCCCCGAUCUGACGUCCGCCAACCGGUCUCCUCCGCGGAGCUUCCUGCAGGCGUCGCCGUCCCUGCCCCUGCAGCAGGCGCCGCCACACGACCUGAACCUCAGGCCGCCGCCGACCAUCUCGGCGCCGCAGCCUCGCCCGCCGCAGCCUCGCCCGCCGCAGCCUCGCCCGCCGCAGCCUCGCCCGCCGCAGCGAGGGCUCGGCGGGGCGCCCUUCCCGCGGCCCGGCGUCGAGCACAACGCCAUCGCCGACGCCUUCUUCAAGGACCAGGAGGAGGCGCUGCUCAAGGCUGCCAACGGAGCCAAGGUGCGGGGCGUCCACGGCGCCGCCGACGACCCCGUCUGGAUCCCGUUCAUCCCGGGCUUCCCGCUGCCCAUCCUCGUGCAGCACUCACUGGCCGCGCGCCGGAAGCAGAAGGCGCAGAGGACGCGGUCCCUGGGGAACCAGCCUCCCGCUCCGUCCCUCUCUUUCCCCCCCUCCUCCGCGCAUGCCGCCCGCCGCCCUUCCGCUGCCCUCGCCCACCCCCCUGUAGGACCCGGCGAGGCGUCCUACCCGACGAGCAUUCAGGACAUCCUCAACAGUCGGCUGGGCGCGUCGCAGGAGCUAUACCCCCGGGCGCGACCCCGCCCCUUUCCUCCGGGCGUUUCCGCCUCGUCGUCGGGGGAAACGGACUUGGGGCUCCUGGCUUGGGCGAGGUCUUGAGGGAUGCGGAUGAAUGAUUAAGCAAUUAUAGUUAAUCGACUCGUGGGAAAUCCCACGACGUUUCUUAAUUUAUUUCAAUAUCUCGCCAGGAUUGAUGUUUUCAACGUGUUAACUGAGGUAACUUGAAUUUUUUAAAAACAUAUUUUCCAAUUAUGAAGAUGACUCGCCUAGGUCUAAGAUAUAGAAAAGCCUAAAAGUCAAAAUUUCCCAUACGUUUCUACCAGAACAUUAGGCUCAGGUCUUGCGUGGUGAAUGAAUGAUGGAACUAUUUUCCAUACAACUGAAAAUGAUAAUCACAUGUAAUUAUUUUUGCCAUAAAGGGAUGUAUUUUAGUACUGAUGUGGUCUGUACUUUAUAGACAGAUUAAAGGAUCUAUAAUUCAUAACUCUUCUUAUGCAAAAGUUUUUUUAUGAUUGCAUGUUAUAUAUGUGUGUACGUAUGUAUUCUUCUAUUUAAUAUUUAUUUCAUAUUCACUUUUGCUAAUGUCUUUGAAAUAUUUGCAUUAUAAAAACAUAAACUUCAUUCAGUUUAACAUCAAGACUAAUAUUUUGU